UCUUGUAUCUUAUUAAAGAACAAGAUGGAGAGUGCGGAGCUAGAGAUGCAGGUGUACAUUGCUAUUGGCUACAUGUCCAUAUUCUCGGUGGUGGGAACGAUCGGUAACGCCCUCGUUUUGUACGUCUUCCCCCGUUACAAGAAAAAGCUUACCUCAACCAUUUUUAUCCUUACCCUGGCCGGUGUCGAUUUCGUCACGUGUUGUGUUACAAUUCCCUCUACCAUCGCUACAGAAGCCGCCAAAUUUCAACUGAAAUAUGACAUAAUAUGUCAGAUUUAUAUUUUUCUUAUUACGACAACUGUUCCGUUUUCGGCAUUUGUCAUGGUAGCAAUAGCGAUGGAUAGAUAUUUAUGCAUUGUGUACCCUUUCAAACAUGCAAUGACAAUACGACGAGCGAAAAUCACUGUUGGGAGUCUCUGUGCGUUUGCUGCACUUCUUGGGAUUACAUGUUGCUCUCAAUACAGAAUAACACCAGUUCCCGUACCAACCGCAGUUUACCAAAAUAUCACCUUAUUGCCAAAUUCAUCAAUAUCUUACAUUUCACAUCAUGAUUAUGUCUGUUUGGCUCAAGACACGGAAUUCCUUUACAUUUAUCAGAAAAUAUACUCGUCGUUGUUUGGAAUUUGCGCCCUUAUUAUCAUCAUUUUGUACAGUUUGAUAUACAGAUCCGUUUUAGCUCGUCGAAGAAAUAUUGGAAUGUUUUUGUCCGGCAACUGCUGUGGAAUAUGGAGCUCUCAGUGCUUCACAGAACAGACUGAGAUCACUGUUCUAAACAACAGAGACGUGAAAAAUGCGCAGGACGAUCACAAAGUAGAAGAAAAAUGUAAUAAGACUGUGCAAAAGAACGGAAAUACACAGAUUAGCAUCAGGGACGUCAUUUUAGAACCAGGAAGCGUGUCAAAAGCCAAACUUGAGAAAACGCGUAUUGCAAACAUUAAAACGGCCUUUUUGCUGUCUAUCGUGGCUUUGGUGUUUAUUGUUGCUUUUCUUCCUUCAUGGUUAGUGGCCUUAAGGGUCCUUCCAUUAAAUAUCAUCGUCAUUUACAUGUAUUUCAUUUACAAUGUUGUUAAUCCUGUCAUUUAUGCCUUCUUUCACAAGACAUUUAGGGAACAAUUAUCACAAAGACUUUGUUGUAGAAAAUAGUAAAUAGCGAAUUCUCAUUGUACGAUAUCCGAAUUCAUUUUUUUUAGUUUCGACAAUGACGUGUUAUUUGUAGCUGCAUGUAGGAUUUGCACUGUAAAUGCGAUGUACAAGUAUUGCAUAAUUAGUGCAAACUAUCUUAAG